AUGUCGGGAUGGAAGCUCGGCGGAAAGACCCCGGAGCUGAAGCGAGAGAGGCAUUCGGAUCAGAUUAUCCAGUCACUUGAAGCGGAUAUUAAAGUGAAAGAUGAUAAAAUCCUGAACCUGGAGCAGCGUUGCAUCAAGAAAUCUGAGGAAUUCGAGGAUCUCAAGAAAUAUCAAGAUGCUGUCCGCCAGGAGAUGAGCCAAAUUGCCGACGAGAUAAAGACCAUGAAGGACGAGUCUUCAAAGCGAUCGCAGGAGCUUCAGGUGUCCGAGCGGGAAAAGAUGGGUCUGAUGACUCAGCUCCAGCGUCGCAACGAAGAGGUGAAGAGCCUUCAGGACGAGCUUAAAGAGACGCAACGGCUGCUGGAAGUGGCAAGUGAGAAAGCCAACGCAACGUUGGCUUUAGUGAAGCAGGAAAAGGAGGACGAGCACUCUCGUUACAUUCAGGAGCUGAAGAAGCACGUGGACAAGCAGCGAGAAGCGGCGACGCUCCGAUGCCGGUUGGAAGACCAGUACGCACCUCAAUCGGCAUCUUGCUCCGAAGCUCAGGCAUCUUGCUAUCUACAGCUCCAGCCAUCGCCGAAGCCAGGAGAUUCGACGCUUUCGCGUUCUACUUUCCCUUUUGCCGUGCUAAUGCGUGUCUUGUGUUGGGCCUGGUCGUGGGUGGGGCCGGCAGAGAUCGAGCGACUGCAGCGCGCGGAGAAGGGGGCAAAGGAGGCGCAGGGCAUGAAGGUGGAGCUGGAGGAGGCGAAGAGAGCUUUGGAGGAAGCGGAGUUCAAGAAGCGCGACUACGCCAAGAUGCUCAAAACUGCUGAGGCUAACGCUGCUCAUUUCAAAGAGCAGGUGACUCACCUGACUGCGAAACUCCAAGACCAGCGUCGCGAGCGGGAAAAGCUGGAGGAGCAAAUGAACCAACUGGCGGCAGGAUCCGGCUGCGCGGAGCAACAGACGGCAGCAGUGCGUAAAGAGAACGACGAGCUUAAAGCCCGGGUUUCCCUGGCGGAGCAGCGCUUGGCGGACAACCAGCGCCUGGAGGUGGAGUUCAAGGCAAUGACGGGGCAGCGCGCGGACCUGGAGCUGCAGGCGGAGAUCGCGCGCAUGGGGAAGGAAAGCGCGGAGAAGCGCGCGGUGGAGGCGGAAGGGAAGGUGAAGAUGGCGGAGGAAGAGGGGAGACGCGCGGUGUAUGUGCUGGAGGAGAAGAUGAAAGGGAUGCAGCGUGAGAAGGAACAGCUGCAGGAGGAGCUGCAGGCGGCAGUGAGGGAGAGAGACGCGGAGAAGGGGGAACUGGCGGGGAAGAUUGCGCGCCUGGAGGCGGAACUUGCGGAGAUGAAGCGCGAUGCGGGGAGACUGCACGAGACGGCGAAGGAGGCGGGGAAGCAGAAGGUGCAGGAGGUGGAGGGACUGCAGAAGGAACUGGAUGCGGCUGCUGCUGCGCUGGCGGAGGCGAAGUCGAAGUGCGGGGAAGCGGAGGAGGCUCUGCGCGCGGAAAAGGAACGGAGGCACGCGGAGGUGGCGGCUGCGGUUGGUUCCGCGGAGAGGAAAUGCGCGGAGUUUGAGGAGAGGGUUGCGGGACUGCUGAAGGCUGUUGAGACGUUGGAGGAAGAGAAGGCGGAGCUGAUCGGGAAGGUGGAGCUCGGUGAGGAGGAGUUCAGACGGGUGUUGAAGCAGGGCCAUGAGGCCGAGAUGAAGGUGGGACGGCUUGAGAAAGAGUUGAAGGGGGUGGUGGAGGAAAGAGAGAGGAUGGGUAACGAGCUGGGUGGUGUGCGCGCGGCUCUGGAGGAUGCGGAGCGGCGCAUGGAGGCGCAGGCGGAGGAGGCGCGCGCGCAGCUGCGCCAGUCGUACGAGGCGACCAAGGAGGAGGCGCGGAAGACGGGCGCGGAGAUCGAGGUGCUGCGGCGGGAGGUGGAGGUGCGCGCGAGCGAGGUGGCGGAGUUGGUGCGGAGGGCGGAAGCGGCGGAGGCUGCGGCGGCGAAGGAGGCGGAACGGCGGUUGGCGGAGAGCAACGCUGCGGAGAGUGCGCGCGCGAAGCUGGAAGGCAGGUGCCGAGAGGCGGAAGAACGCGUGGUGCAGCUGCAAGGGGUGGUCGCUGGGGAGGAGGGCGAGAUCGCCGGGCUUCUGGAGCGUGCGAUGGCAGCUGAAGCGGUUGGGAAGAAGGCAGAGAGCGACCUCUGGACGAUGGAGGCGGCGAAGGUGAAGGCGGAGACUGAGCUCGAGAGAGUGUCGGCGGAAUGCGAGAGACUGGCGCAAGAGAUGGGGAUCCUGCGGGAGGUGGUGGAGGAUGUUGAAGGGCGCGUGGAGCGCGAGGCGAGGGAGGCCCCUGGGCUUCUGGCGAAGCUGAAUGUUGCAGAGAAGGAGGUUGACGGGCUGAGGAGGGAAGUCGAGGAGGCGAGGGCGAGGGCGGAGGAUGCUGUGAGGGAGAAGGCGGAGGUGUGCGCGGAGGUGGAGGAGGGGAGGGAGAAGAUUGCUGCGCUGGAGCGUGUGGUGGAGGAAGUGCGAGAGACGAUUGCUACUGCGAAGGCGGAUGUGGAAAGGGAGAAGGUAGGGAGGGACGAGGCGGAGGCGGAGGUUGCGAGCGUGGAGCGGGAGAUGGCGCGGGAGAAGGAGGAGAUGGGGGCGCAGGUGGCAGAGCUUCAGGCGCAGGUGGAUAAGCUGACUGGUGAGGUGGAUGCGGUGGGGGAUGAGCGGCAGGCGAUGCAGGCGAGGAUUGACGAGCUGCUGCGCGACGUUUCGCAGCUGUCGCACGACAAGGGCCGCAUGCACGCGGAGCUGAGCGAGGUUCACGCGGUAGUCGCAGAGAAGGAUGUGGCUGUGGUCCGCGCGGAGGAGCGGCUGGCGGAGAUUGCGCAGGAGGCGGAAGGGCUGCAGAGGCAGUUGCGCAACGCGGAGGCGGACGCGGAGAAGGCGGGGAGGACGGCGGCGGAGGAGAGGGCUGGGCGGGAGGAAGCGGAAGCGAAGGUGGGCGAGUUAGAGGAGAAGGAGCAGCGGCUGGUGGGGAGAUACGAGGAGGAGAUCGAAGUGCUUCAGGAAAGAGUGGCGGGGUUGAAGCGGGAGUUGUCGACAGAGCAGGAGCGGCGGCACCAAGAAGUGGAGCAACUGGCGGAACAGCUGGAGGAUUCGCGGGAGGCGCUGGAAAACGCGCGUGCGGAGGAGAAGCGCGCGAGGGAUGAGGCGGACAGGCUGAGCGGGGAGCUGGCAGCUGCGGUGCUCGCGACUGGGGCUGCGCAGCGGGAGCUUCAGGCGGAAAAGGCCGCGCAUGAACUGAUUGAAGAGAAGGUUGCAGAGAUGGAAAAGGAGAAAGAGGCGCUGAUGCGAGAUCACAAGGAUGUGGUGUUGGGGCUGCGGCGGGAGAUGGAGAGCGGGCGUGAGGAGGCGGCGAGGGAGAAAGCGUGGAGGCGGAGCGAGGUGGAGGAUGUGAAGGGGGAGAUGGGGUCGGUGGUGGCGGGGCUGGAGGGUAAAGUGGCCGAGAUGGAAGCGCGGGAGGGGAGGAUGGAGGAGGAGGCGCGGAGGAAGCAGGAGGAGGUGGAGGCGUUGGAAAAACGAGUGAAGGAUCUGGAGUGGGAAAUGAGGCGGCGCAACGAGGAGCAGCGACAGGGGCUGAUGGCCGCGGUGCAGCGCGGGGUGGAGAGUGGGCACGUGGGGGAUGCGCUGGUGGAGGAGGUGAGGGAGCUGCUGGUGAGGCUGGAGCAGGAGGGGGUGCGCGCGCAGCAGGUGGCGCGGAUGGAGGAGAGGAUGGAGGAGCUGGAGGCCAAGCUGCAAGACGCAGAUGAACAGCUUGUUGAGCUGGCGGACAAGGAGGAGCAGCUGUCAGCGUCUGAGUGGACCAUUGAGCGCAUGGGCGAGGAGCUGAAGCGUGCCAAGGAGGCCAUUGAAUCCCGCAAGGCUGAAGCCUCCCUGCUGCAGCACCAGCUGCUGUGCGCCUCUGCGACCCUGGAGGAGCGCGAGAAGGACCUGGACGCGCUCAGGCGCAUGCUGGAGGAGUCCCAAGGCAAGCGCUGGCGGCGCGCGCGGCAGAUCAAGCGCAUGGAGUGCGAGCUGGCUGCGCUGAGGGAGGAGCUUGGGCGGGAGAGGAAGAGGCGGAGGCCCGAAGGGAGUGGGGCAGAGGGCGGAGGGGAGGAGCGUGAGGAGAGCCCCGUGCGGUUGGCGUCUGGAUUGGUGGCCGCAGUUGGAACGGUGAGGUCUGAGCGUGAGCAGGAGGGGAGCGGAACGCCUGGGCUGAUCUUGGCGCCGAAUCCUGGACAGAGCGGGCUGUAUGCGAGGAGGUUUAGGAGCCGGGUGGCUUCUAUGGCUGCUGAGGGUAGGGACGGGGGUGUGGAGAAGGGUGAGACGAAUGACAAUGCGGGUGGAGGGAUUGUGGGGGGUGAAGUGGAGGAAGAGGACGAGGAGGAAGCACCCAAGGCACUGAAUUUCGACCUGGUGGAGAAGGAAGAGGAGAAGACAGGCGCAGGAGUGCUGGGUGGUGAGAAGGAGGAACUCCUGGAGGCGGAUCAGGGCGAGAAGGGCACGACGGAAGCUGUGGUUGCAGAAGAAGAGCCGGCGGAAGCGGAGCUUGCGGCCUUGAGGUCCCGCUUUGAGCAGGAGGUGAUGGGUGAGAUAGUGGGCGGGCUUGAUGCUGAAGUUUCUCGUCUUCGAACGCUGCUGGCCGAGGCUGAGCAGAAGCAGGUAGCAGGUGCUGCUGCUGCUGCUGUUGACGCUGCUGCUGCUGAGGCUGCUGCUGAGGCUAUGGAAAGGCUUCAGGAGGAGGUUUCCCUGCUCCAGAAGCAGCUGGGAGAGGCUGAGAAGAAGCAGGGUGAGGCAGAGGAGGAGGCAGGGCAGGCGAGAGUGAAGCUAGCGGUGCUGGAGAAGGAGCUUGCUGCUGCUGAAGCGAUGGGAGGAGUGCUGAAGGCGCUUCAGGAGGAGGCCGUGCAGGCAAAGUUGAAGCUAGUGGUACUGGAGAAGGAGCUUGCUGCUGCUGAAGCGGCGGUUAUGCACGAGAGGAGGGCUGCUGCUGCUGUGAGGGUUGAGUUGUCUGCUGUGACAAGCGAGCGAGAUGGCUUGCUGCAGAAGGUGGUGAUCUUGGAGCAGCAGGAGCGGGCAGUUGAGGAGGAAACGGGGCCUGUGCAGGGGAGGGAGAUGGGGAGUGAGACGGAUUCUAUGAAAUCUGAGGUCGCUUCUAUGGUGAGCGAGCGAGAUGGGCUGCUGGAGAAGGUAGUGGAGUUGGAGAAGCAGGUGCAGGCUGCUGGUGAGGAGAAGGGCGGAAUGGAGGAGAGGUUGCUGGAGGCAGAAGCUGACAGGCAGCGGCUGGUGGCAGCUGUCCAGCAGAAGAGCGUGGAGAUUGAACGGCUGGAGGUGAUGGUUGCGGAUAUGGGAAAGAGAGGGGACUCGGAUCACAUGGGGAUGGACAUUGCUGGUUCUGAGGGGAUGGUGGUGGCCGUGGGGGAGGCUGAAGCAGGGAAUGGGGAUGAGAAGGCAGUGAGCAGUGGCGUUGUGGGUGGACGGCAGGGAUUGGACGGGGAGGUGAGGAGGCUGCAGGGGCUGGUGGGGGAGAUGAAGGGGAGGGAGGAAGCAGCAAAGAAGGUGGCAGCAGAGAAGGCUGCUCUGGCUCAGCGACUGGAGGGGAAGCUGAGGAAGGUGGAGGGGGAGUUGAAGGAGAGGGAGGCGAAAGAGGCGCUGCUGAAGCGGCAGUGCAAGAACGCCGAAGGGGAACUGGAAGCUGCGAGGGAGGAGGUGAAGGCUGCAGUGCAGGCGAGGCAGGGGAUUGAGGCACAGGUGAGGGGUAUGCUGGAGGAGGCUGCAGGGCUGAAGAGGGCGGCUGAUGAGGCGGAAAGGGGAAGCCAGGAAGCAGAAGCGAAGCUGGCCGCUGCUAACGGGCAGCUGAAGAGGCUUGAGGCGGAGUUGGAGGUGGUCCGGGCAGCAAAAACGGUUCUGGAGGGUGAGAAGGGAGAGAUGGUGCUGCAGCUGGAAGCUGAAGUGGAGCAGUUGAAAGAGAGGGUUGCUGAGUAUGAAAGGCAAGCGGAGGAGGCGCAGAGGGGUGCGGCAGCUGCUGCGGAGAGGGUUGAGCAGGAGCUGAAGGUGAGUGCAAGCCGGGUGAGUCAGUUAGAGAAGGAGGUGGAGAGGCGGAAGCAGGGAGAGAAGGAGCUGAGGAAGGAGAUUCAAAGGCUGGAGGGAGAGAAGGAUCUGAGCAAGAAGCUGCUUGCUGCAAAGGAGAUCGGCGAGGGGAUCACGGCGAGAGGGGAGGGGAGUCGUUCCAUGGGGGCGAGCAACAGGGCUGCUGGGGGUGGCGUGGUGUUUCCACGGGUUGUGAACGAGGUUGGUGCGGAGGAAGGGGUGGGUCCAGGGCGGCUUGCUUUAAGAUCCAAGGCGGCAGGGAAUGGGCCGGGGGUGGAGGCGACGGGCGGGAGGGGGAAUGUGAACCAGAGGAUUGCUGUUUUCUCUGCUGCCUUCCGUGUUGCCAGCCCCACCAAGCCUGUGAAGCCGCAGCGACUUGCUAAGGUGCCUGGGUCGGAAGGGAUUGUUGCGGUGGACAAGGAGAACGAGGGAGUGUAG